GCAAUGGUGGUCAAGAUCGGGAUUAAUGGGUGAGUUAGAACUGAGUGCUCCUUCUUCUUCUUGAGGCAAUGUCAGCUUGUUUUCAAUGACUUAAAUCACCUCCUUGCUUUUUUCUUGCAGAUUUGGUCGCAUUGGACGACUUGUUAUGCGUGCCUCGCUGUCAGAGGGUGCAGUCCAAGUUGUCGCUGUGAACGAUCCUUUUAUCGACCUCGAUUACAUGGUAAGUCAGGCCAUCUGCAAUAGAACUCCAAUAUCAUUGCAGCAAUCUAACAUGUUAUGUGACGUAAUCAAAAUUUUUUUCUUCUUUUUAAUGUCAUACAGAUUCCGUCAUUGCUUUAGUCUUAUCAGCUCUCUGUUGCAUCUUUGGUUCGCAAGAUGAUCUUAAAGCAGCUCGUUUAGUUCGAGAGAACUUCAGUUGAACUUACAAUGAAAUAAGCAAGUCUGUUUUAAAAAUUUAUGCAGAUCUUAUGGUUAAAUUUCUAUAGUUGCGGCGUUUAGUUGAGAUCGGCCUGCUCACAAGAAAGAUAUUCUGAAACCUUAACCUUUUAAUCUUCGUAGAAGUCGUCAUUUUUCUUCUUCCUAGUUUGGUCUGCAAUGUAAUUCAAUUUCGUCUGUCGCGCGAUCGCCAGAUGAGAUUUGCUCAUGGACAGUUUUGAUCAGCCUUUUGGACAAAACGACAAACUUUGAUAUUGUUUGUUUGUUAUACAGAAUGAUAGAACUGAAUGCCUUUACAUAUUAGUCGUUCAUUUUCACGCGAAACAAUGUCAAUGUGGUGAAAGUGACAUCUGCAUCAAUUUUUGCGAUCUUAUAUUGUGAAGUCAUUUAUUUUGUUGUUAUAUUUCUUUUAGGAACUAAAUUGUUUGAGAAAUCAAGCUUGUGAUAUUGAUUCACGGAGCUUAGUUGCAAAUUUCGGGAAAUCUUUUUUUUGCAAGCGUCAAAAGUACUCUGGUGUUGCUGUGCUUUUGUGCUCCUUUGACUUCUUAUUGGUCCAAGAAUCUGGCACUACUUUCUCAGCCAAUCAAAUUCAAAUGUAAAACCAAUCACCAUUUGGUUUUGUAAUCACAGCUCAGAGAGUAUUUUUGUCUACAAUUUGUAAAGACUAGUUUUCUCUGGGAAACUAGUGCCCUGAUUGGCUUUUUUAAUUCUUUGGUUGUAACUUAAGGACAUUAGGACUUUAGGACACUUGGUCAAAAUUCACCCUAUCACAGAAUUUUUGUUCAGAUGUGAAAAAAAGAAAGGUGCACUUCAUUGGUUUGCUUUUUUUUUGUCUAUCAACGAAAGCACUAUUCUCAAAAUUAUUUUAAAAGAAAGUGCUGGUGUAGAUGAAUAUAGGGUAAGUUUCUAAAGAAACUUUGGUGCUGUGUCAGUGGGAGAGUAUAACAGGGUAAUGUAGGGUUAUCAACUGAGUUAAAAAGGUAAAUUGGUCACCAUAAAAAGUUAUAGGCUUAAAUUUUGAGCAUUAGCCCUUUGUUAGAGCGAUAGACAAAGGGCUAACAUGCGAAAUGUUAGCCUUUAAACUCUUUACCAUGUCUAAUUUAUGUUUUCAACUCAGUUGAUAAAACUGAAUUGCUCGUAUAGAUGGUUUACUAUUUGGCUUGCGAUUUUUUUUAUCAUUAAGGUUUACAUGUUCAAGUUUGACUCAACCCAUGGUAGAUUUAAGGGAACAGUAGAGGCCAAGGAUGGUAAACUGAUAAUCAAUGGAAAUCCAAUCUCUGUGUUUGCCAAGAGAAAUCCAGAUGAAAUCCCAUGGGGUGAUAAUGGUGCUGAAUAUGUGGUUGAGUCAACUGGUGUUUUCACCACUGUAGAUAAGGCUAGUGCACACCUUAAGGGUGGUGCCAAGAGGGUAAUCAUCUCCGCACCCUCAGCCGAUGCCCCUAUGUUUGUGAUGGGAGUAAAUGAAGACAAGUAUAACCCAAGCAUGACUGUCAUCAGGUAUGUAGUAGUGCAAUGUGGGGAUAAUUAGUUGAUCCAAUUCUAAAUUCUCUGAACUAACAUUAUAAGAAUUGUACAGUUGACAGUAGGGAGAAUUACAAAUUUGAUCUCAGAGUUAAAGGAUUAAGCAUAGCUGUAAACAACUGGAAAGUAGAUAUACCCAGGUUAAUUUUUAAAAAAAUGGGUGAAACAACACUAAAUAAAGUAUUUAGGUACAACAUCAGACCGACUCUCUUCCAAUUCUCUUCACUUGUGUGCUGGAUAAUGUAUUGAUAUUGUAAGGAGAAAUUCAGUCUUGGUCACUUGUGGGAGUUUAAAUGUGAAUUUCUCUUCUUUCAUUGUAUUUGGCAAUUUGCCUCUUGUGAGUUUGUCUUUCUCAAUCAGUAAGCUGCAAAUUUAGCCUCCGGGAUUAAUUAUUUUCUUUGCUUGUAUUUCCAUCCCACAGUAAUGCAUCUUGCACCACCAACUGCCUUGCCCCUGUGGCUAAAGUGUUGAAUGACAAAUUUGGAAUAGAAGAAGGACUUAUGACAACUAUCCAUGCUGUUACUGCCACACAGAAGACUGUGGAUGGUCCAAGUGGCAAGGUAAUGCCAUCUCUUCUAAUUCGGGGUUGUGACAAUGGGGUGUUUUGAGUUCAACCUGCUGAGAAGCACCUAGCAUACAAGUAGGGCCCUAAUCAGUAAUGCUGCAGGAUGCAUGCUUCUCUCCCUGCUGAAAGAUUCAAGGGAGAGGUUUGCAGGGGGUCUGGCCCUUGUAAACAGUGCUACACCUCUUUCAGGUUAGAGCAUUCCUCAAAUACUUGAUUGUGGGUGAAAAGACACUUGUGCCGCAGCACUUGUAACAAGGGUGUACUCACACGCCUAAGAAAUGCAAUCAAGAACAAGAACAUAAUAUGGUUUGGAAUAUUCUAAAGAAAACAUUUAAAAUAGAAAACAUUUUACACUCUUUGCUGUGAUUAAAUAAUUGGGGCAUCUAAGUCACCAGUUUAGUGACCUAAGUUUGGCGUAUGUGCUGCAUCGGUGUGUAUAUUCUCCCUACCAUUCCCCAUGCAUUUCCAGUGUUGCAUAUAAGGAGGAUUGGACUAACAAUCAAGAGUUUCUUGAGUUUGUGAUCAGUACUUUUAUUGUCAAGACCAUGUUUGAUUCAAGGGUGAUCCAGUUGGGCAAAAUGAGAUGCUUAUUACUGUAAGGUGUUAACAGUUUAUUCUUAUGCCUUUUCAGAAAUGGCGUGAUGGUCGCGGAGCGUAUCAGAAUGUGAUACCAGCCUCCACUGGAGCAGCCAAGGCUGUUGGAAAAGUCAUACCUGAACUUAAUGGCAAGUUGACUGGCAUGGCAUUCCGUGUACCUGUUCCUGAUGUGUCUGUGGUGGACCUCACAUGCCGCUUGAAGACACCAGUAAGUGGAUUCAAUGAAUUGUUUGUUAGUGUUAGUUUUUGUUAUUUUCAUUGCGAGAUUCUGUUAACUUGCUUUGGAAGCUCAUAAAAUCUAAAAUUAAUGUGUGUGGAAGUUUGUUUUAACAGUACCUUAUUUUCCCACUUACUUUAUCUUGCAAAAAUGCCAGUGUUUUUAAAAUUUUGCCAGAGCAAGAAAAGAUAGGGCAUGUAUUCAAGAAAAUACUAUAAUCUGCUGCGUAUAAGAGCACCACCCCUCCCCCCCAUAUGGUUACACGUGUAGACACAUCUACAAGUAAAAAAUACAUCCAAUUGUAACCUCUCCCUCCCCUCUCUAGCUUUUCUUGGUUUUAAAGAUAAGAACUCUGCUGUGAAUUGGACUGAAAAUUUUUAGUGGUAUGAGAGUAAACAUAAACCUCAGAGGAAAAAUCUAAACUUCCAUUUUGUGAUCAUGCUGUUAAUCUUAAUCUUGUUCCAAAUGUAUUGAUUGUAUUGUAUUAAAAUGACUUAACCCUUUAAAUGCCAUAAGUGACCAGCAUGUACAGAACUGCUGAAUCAAUUAUUAGAUCAUGACAGUAAAGGAAGUGAUUGCUAGGCUAAAAAGCUUUGAUCGUUAAGUGAACUCUCCUUGUCAGUGGCAUAGGUAAUGGUUAGAGAAAUGUAUAGAGAAACUGGAUACUGAUGUUUGGGUGUAAAGUUUUGAUUGAAAUCCUGUAAGUGCAAAACAAAUUUUUAAGCCCCUCUUUUUAUUAGCCCUCUUAACCUUUUAACUCCCAUGAGUGACCAAGACAGAAUUUCUCCUUACAAUAUCUAUACAAUAUCAACCAGAUAGGUGAUGAGAAUGGAGAAGAAUAUCAAUUUGGGAAUAAUUAGUUGAUCCAACACUAAAUUCUCUGAACUAACAUUAUAUGAAUUGUAUGGUUGACAGUAAGGAGAAUUACAAAUUUGAUCUGGGAGUUAAAGGGUUAAAAACCCAUGAAAAAGUUGUUGAAGCCAAGGCUUUUAAGAAGCAGUUUACGGUAUUGUAAUUUUCCAUCCACCUCCACCUGGGAAAGACCCAUUCACCCUAUGAGCUUCAUUUGUUUUUAGACUGAUUAUGAUAAAAUCAAAGCUGCCAUGAAGGAAGUUUCUGAGGAUAAGGUCAUGUCAAGAUACCUCGGAUACACUGAGGAGGAGGUUGUCUCCAGUGACUUUAUUGGAGACACUCACUCAAGCAUUUUUGAUGCCAAAGCUGGAAUUCAACUGAGUCCAACAUUUGUGAAAAUUGUUGCCUGGUAAGAUGUGGAUUUUUUUUUUGCUUUUUAACCUCUCAGUGGUUGAAUGAAGUGUUUGCCAAAAGUUUGCCAAUGCUGUCAUCUUCCCAAAAAUUUGCUAAACAGCUUUUAACAUACACGGUCUAAAUUGAGACCUUCAAAUACCCUGUUCCAUAGUACUACUAUUUCUUAUUGUUAAAUUUCAAGUUAAAAAAUAAUUCCCGGUGUGGGUUUCAAAAUUGCAUCUCAUGGUUAGUUACACUAAUGGGUGCUAGGCCAUCUAGUGACUUUCCUCAUCCAGCACUGAAUUUCCAUAUUCUAGACGAUCUUAGUUGAUUAAUUGAGCAUUGUGUAGUCUGUACUGGAGCCUAUUAACUCACCCGGCAGGAGAUUAUUCCAGUCUUCAUGUACCAUGAAGUGACUAUGAGUACCACUACUUCCCCAUAAAUGGGAUGUUAGUGCAUGAAUGAUUUUCAGGCUACAAGCACUAGGAUUAGGUUUGCUUGUUGUGGUUCACAUAUCCUUGAAGAGUUCACUAAUGUUUGGGCGUGAAUUCUGGAGGGAAUGACGAUAACCUUGGAGCUUGAGGGACACUUGCAAGUGUCGUGGAAGUCUCUGUAUUCCUACUAUCUGACCCUCUUAUACAUUGACCAGCAUUCUACAGCAUUAACUACUAAGGUGUCAGUUCUUUCAUAACAGAAGUUCUCUAUUAUUAUUACUAUUAUUAUUAUUAUUAUUAUUAUUAUUAUUAUUAUUAUUAUUAUUAUUAUUAUUAUUAUUAUUUAUUUGUUCAAUUUUUUAAUGUUUUUGUUUUUUGUUUUUUGGGCCCUCUCCCUGUGAAAGUCAUCGUUACUUUUUCAGUGCUAAUAGCCAAACAGCCAAUCGAGGGAUGUUUAAAUACAGGGAGAAAAGAAUUUUCAAAGAAAAAAGAUUUCUGAAACUAGGCACUCUGCAAACAACCCUAUGCUUUAAUGACCAAGUAAAACUGAAUUAUGCCCAAAUAAUUAUGUUUUACGAGCUAGUAAGAUGGAGAUUACGAGCAGUCCAUUCUUUUCGACGAAGUCCGUCGCGCGAGUUUUACAUAAAGCAAACAAACAAAAAAAACCCAGUGAAAACUGCCGUUAGUGUGCCGCGCUUAACUCUGGGAGUGAGGCUAAUUGUGGUGCACCUCACUCCCAAAGUUCCGCCCGGCGCGCUAGCAACAAUUUUCAGUCUCAAUUUUUCAAUUUUCUUUCUUUUUCUGUUCGCGCGACAGAUUUCGCUAAAAUUUCUAAUUCUCUUGUGUAUCAGGUAUGACAACGAAUACGGCUACAGUCACAGAGUUGUGGACUUGAUCAAAUACAUUGCUAGCAAGGAGUGAUGGAACACUGCUGGAAGACCGGCAGCCUUGUUAUCACUAGCUGCUAUGAUGGAGGAACUUAAGGAAAAAGGCAUUUGAAUUUAGUGUUAGCACCAGGCAAAUCUGUAUCUCUAGAAGGCAUGAACUGAUUUCAGUGUAGUAGAAUCGUGAUUUCUUAGCUGUUGUUUGUUCAGAAGCCUCGAGGGAUCUUAAACGUGUGUGUUUGAAAAACUGGAUAAUGUAUGGUGUGUGUUGUAAUUGUAAGAUUGUCUGCGCUAGGUGCUCAGCUACAAAGCUGUAUUAAAUUUAAUAUUGAUCCUGGUCAGAGAAUGAUUUUUCUCAACGGUUUGCUCGGUAAAAUAAGCUAUUACUGUCGAACCUCGAUUAUCCAGAUUUUCGUUUAUCUGAACUCGCUCCUCUGGUCCUUUUUUUCACGAAUAUUUAUUAGUCGCAUUCGAAAUACAUAAGAACAUUUUCCCCAUCAAACUAAGCAGAUGUCCUGAUAUAAUUUAUACGCUCUUCCAAUAAUGCAGCUUCAAAGAAAGGUUGAAUUAGCGACGCGCAUACGCAUCAAUAUUUUAGGUCGUAAAACAUUGUCGUAAAACGUUUUUAUAGAAAUGAACCAGAU